UUUUUUUUUUCUCUGCACGCUCAUGCGCCAUGUCUUCCCAGGCUAUUGGAAUAUUCGAGAAAUUCCCGAGACUCUUCCCUGGAACGGUUAAUCGAUUAACGUACUCAUACGAUGGAAUAACUUGAUUGUUUCUUCUUGUGAUUCUUCCCCGUCUUCGUUUCUCCUUGUACAAGUCGGUUGAGCAUCGAAAUUUCCAGGCUCAGCGAGGAUGAAAGUAAAAUGGAGAGGUUUUAUAUUCAUUCUCGUCGUCAGCACAGUGUGUUGCUGGGUCGCAGAAGCGAAGCGAUGGAAAGCGAAGGAAACUGAUCCCGACAUUGGAGAGGUUCACAACGUUGCUUCGUGUUACGCGUGCGGAAUGCGAGGACAUGAUUCGCUUCGAAGGGACUGGCCAGAUUGCAAAGGAGAUUAUUCGCAGUAUAUUGACACCUGUGGCGGAGGACGAAUGCGUUGUUACGUUCUUUAUGGAGCAUACGACUGGGAGAAUUUCGGACGCACAGUCAUCUCCAAGGGCUGCACAUACGCCACAUACUUUCAAUUCAUCUCCAGCCGAAGACGGAAGCGAGACACCGUCAAUUCAGGCCUCGUAGAAAAAACAACAACAGCAGUAGCCGCCACUGGCGAAACGCCGCCACCGCCGCCGCCGUCGCGACGGUCCAAGCGUCACAUCGGCAUGUUGGGCAGUGGGACUUGCGGUUUUCUCUCGUCGCAAAUGCCAGUCUACUAUGGCUGGAACCUCACGCUCGACAUGCACCCCAUGUGCAUGUGUGACGACAAGGCCAACUGCAACAACGAGGACUGGACGUGUCACUACGACCCCCAAGUGUGUCGCAAUCACAGCACGCCGUCGCCGGAAAUGAGGGUCCGACGAGGCAUGAAUGCGGCCUCGAAAGACGCGUCGAUGUCAGCCAUGUUUCUGCUGAAUGCUUUGCUGCUGCUGUUGGUCGUGGUUCCGAUGAAUUGAAAAAUGGGAGUUUUCUAUGGUCUGUAAACAAUACGAAGAAGAAAAAAAAAGAUAGGCGCGAAAACAUCAACAGCAGCGACAACCAAAAAAAAAAAAGGAAGAAAGAAAAAAUGUUUUUCGAAUUGAGAAAACUGGAUUCUGCACACGCUUGUUUUUUUUUAGCGCCACUUCAUGCG